AUGAAGCCGGGAAAGAAGGCUAUAGUAACAAAUCAUUUAAGACAUAUUCAGUUCGAAGUAUAUCCAAGUAAAUUGACUAAGAUGGGCGCGGAUCGUCUUUUUGCAUUACGAGGAUACUUACGUGUGACAAUUAGGCAAUAUUUCUAUGUUCGACAUCACAUAGACCUUGUUUAUCCACAGCUGCCUCUUGUUUGCGUUAUUGGCGGACGACAGCAUCAAUAUUUCUAUCCUUUGGAGUGUUUGGACGUUGUUGAGGUUGAAGAACAAAAAUGAAUAGAAAUUUAUAAAAACUAUAUAAAUGACUACAAAAAAGGUCAA